CCCACCUGUGUUCUUGUUCACUACAUUUGGUGUCGCUGCCUCCACUAAGGAUGAAGAUUCCAUGGCUCAAGGAAUUUGAGGAAGGAGAUGUGCUGAGCUUCCUGAAGACGUUUGAGGCCGCGGCAGAGCUGGUGGGAGUGAUGGAGCCGAAAGCGAAGUUGGUGGUGUUGGGGACGUUGUUGAGAGGCAGGGCGAAGGCUGUAUAUGACAGCUUGGACGGUGCUGGUGGGAAGACGAAAUGGGAGACAGUUACGGAGCGUUUGGCGGCAGAGUUCGACAGCCCAGUGGACAGAGAGGAGGCGCUGCAGAAGUUCCGGUUGGCGAGGUUGCCGGUUGAUGGUGACCCACUGGUGCUGGCGGUGGAGCUUACUAGAUUGUUACGCCGUGCGCUGCCGAAUCUGGAUGAGGAGUCGGAGGCACAGUUGUUAGCGUCACAGUUUAUCGAGAGUGUGCCUGCCACCAUCUCCCAACAGCUGAAACUGGUGAACGCAGCGCAACCAAUGGAUAUCAGUGAACUGGCGAAGGUGACUCGUCAGCUGAUGACGCGUACAGUGGCUCCGGUCGGGUGCGGAAAGCAGGAGAUAAGUAAUGUAGAGAAGAAGAUUGAGGAGCUGGAGCGUGAGAUUGCAGCAAUACGAGUGAACCAUAAAAAGAACGAUAAAUGUUACGCUUGUGGAGGAACAGGACAUUGGAAGAUAAACUGUCCAACAAGACGAAGACGCAGAUAUUUUAGACGUUAUAACGAGUGUUCUUUCUAUCCUAGGAAUCUGGGUUGUUGCGUUAGUAGACAGAGGGGCAGUGUAUACGAGAGUGAACAUAAAUGAACGAGAUUUAGUUUGUCUGAUCGAUACAGGUGCAGCAGUCUCGUUAAUAGGCAAAGAGCAAUGUAGGAGACUCAAGCCGUGUACAUUAGCUGUCCACACUAUAGGAG